AUGGCAUCACAGUCACAUGAUUCUGAUGAAGAGAUGAGCGUCACACCCCCUGGAUCGACCAGAGAGAGCAAAUCGCUAUCGCGUAAUGCUCGGGCCCAGGCCCGGCUCCGGGCCCGUCGAAAAGCUUAUGUUGAAUCGCUCGAGGCAAAUGUUAAAAGGUUACAAACAAUUGUUGAUGCGAUUGCCUUGAAUCCAAACCGAACCUAUGCGACUACCAGUACAGGCACCGCUUCUCCACACCUACUCUCUCCCUUUGGUAGCUCUCCAGAAACCCCCAGUUCGGACCCAUCGACAGUUCUUCAGCAGCCUUCCGAAGCCAGCCUACAACAGCUACAGGCCGACAAUGCCCGACUACAGCGGGAACGAGAUGCACUCCAAGUUCAGAUUGAUGCGUUAAUCAGUUAUAUAUCACGCGGCUACUCCCUUCCUUCUGGUUCGGGACUUGGUGGCGAUACAAGGGUGGCAGACCUAGCAUUAUCCCCUAACUUUGGAAGUGAUGCUGAAAUAGAUUCUCGCGCUUCAAUGACAGGAUCCCCUUUGAUUCAAAGAGAUCCAUACAGUCAAGAUGACCUCGAUCAAAUCUUGUCUCUCAAUGACCCCAAUUUCGUUUUCAUGAGGUAUCUCAACCUCCAAUCCACAGGACCAUCACCUUUGCAAGUUCCACGCCCCAACGUCUCUGGUGACUCGUCCCCUGCCACAUUCGAGUCAUUGUCGGCUAGUACCCAAGGAGAGCCCAUGACAAGCUUUGCUCGGGGAGCGCGCGAUAAUCUAACGGCAAAUUUGAUCUUUCGCGGUGCAGAGCCUUGA